CGCCUGCCUGGACACACCCACGUGUGACGCAUACGUCUGCCGGGGCCAUAAAUCGUGGACUGGAUAUUGAUGCUGUAAAAUGAUACCCAUGGCGAAUCCUGUUCGAUAAUAGAUCUCAGUUCCUGUUCAAAGUCCUCACUGCCCGACGUGUGCUGCUCGGCCUCAAUAGAACGAGAUGGCGUUUGACUGGACGGACGGCAUCGUGCUCGGUGUCAUUUUGCUGAUUUUUCUUGCCAUCGGUCUCUAUUAUCGAUUCACGGGAGAGCGACAGAAAACCCUGAAUGAAUAUUUCCUGGGGAGCAAGAAUGCAUCAUGCAUUCCAGUGGCAUUUUCUCUCAUGGCCAGUUUUAUGUCAGCUGUGACCCUCCUUGGAGUAUCUUCAGAGAAUUAUCGCUAUGGAACACAAUUUGCAAUGAUCAACCUGGCCUACAUCAUCGGUACUCCUUAUGUGGCAUUCUUGUGCCUCCCAGUGUUCUUCAAGUACCUUUCAAUGCGCUUCAAUGGUGCCGUCUCACUGGUAGCAUCAAUCUGCUUCUCCCUGCAAAUGGUACUCUAUCUUAGUGUGGUGCUCUACACUCCUGCUUUGGCAUUAGCUGCUGUCACUCAACUUCCCCUAGCCAUUUCCAUUCUCUGUGUGGGUCUCUGUUGCACAGUAUACUCAGCCUGUGGAGGCAUGAAAGCCGUCCUGCUCACCGAUCUUCUCCAGUCUUUGCUGAUGUAUACUGCUGUAUUGGGAGUGGUCAUAAAAGGAGUGGCAGAAGCAGGUAGUUUCUCUGAGAUAUGGAGGGUGGCUGAUGAAGGGCAUCGAAUCGAGUUCUUCAAGUUAGUGGUCUCAUUUGGGGUUAAUUCCUUCACUUGGAAAUAUUUUCACCCCAUCAGUACUUCUGGAGAUCUAAGAGUCAGAAACACAGUUUGGAGUUUGCUGAUUGGUGGUUUCUUCAUCUAUGUCUCCCUGUAUGGAGUGAAUCAGGCUCAGGUGCAGCGUCUUCUUUCUACAGGGUCCCUAAAGCAGGGUCAGAUGGCACUUUUCCUCCAGUGGCCAAUUCUGACCACCCUCAGCAUCACAACCUGUUUUUCUGGGCUUGCCAUAUACUAUCACUACAGAGACUGUGAUCCUCUCAGGGAUGGUCGGAUGGAAAAACCUGACCAGCUGUUGCCUCUAUUUGUCCAGGAGACCAUGUCCUGGGUCCCUGGGCUCCUUGGCCUAUUUGUAGCAGGUAUCUUUUCUGGUACCCUGAGCACCAUCUCCUCUGGAAUCAAUUCACUUGCUGCUGUCACUGUUCAUGACUACAUUCAGACAGUAUUGGUGUUGAAGGAGGAGAGAGCGUCUCUGGUGUCGACAAUUAUCACCCUUGGCUAUGGAAUGGUAUGUAUUGGCCUGGCCUAUUUGAUACAAUUCAUGCCAGGUGGGGUACUGCAGGCUUCUUUCACCAUCUUUGGGGUGGUUGGUGGUCCCCUGUUUGGCCUCUUCACACUUGGGAUGUGGGUUCCCUUUGCCAACUCCAAGGGUGCUAUGACAGGAUUACUGGUUAGUCUGGCCUUGUGUCUUUGGAUUGGACUAGGGGGAACUCAAGUCCUUCCUCCAGAGCUCCCUGUCAGCACUGAUGGAUGUAGUAACUCCACAAUGAAUUCCUCCUCCAUUUCAUUCACCAGUGAUGAACCUCCUCCCACCUACCCACCUGUCUCCAUAGACAAUUUUGGUGAUGUGCUCAACUACAUAUACAGCAUGUCAAACAUGUGGUAUGCCUGCCUGGGGACAUGCCUUUCAUUCUUUAUCGGGUGCAUUGUGAGCAUUUGCACCCUCUAUUGGGAGCAUCCUUCCGUCGACCCCAAACUCUUCUCCCCUCCUGUUGCUUGGCUCUACAAGCGGUUCCAUGGAACGGGAUCCAUUGGCGUGCCGGUGGACGAGGACGAGCCAAAUAAUGGUCCAGAUAGCGCCAUUCUUCUGCUCAAGCAUGGGCCAAUGUCUGACCAUGCAUGAACUGGGAGAUGGUUCUAGUUUUAGUUUCCUUCCAAAAACGAACCCUGCCUCAAAAAGAAAUCUCAGGGUCUCUGAAAGGACCAAAGCCUUCUGUUGUAUCAAGAAUGUCAUGUGCCCAAAGGAGGUGCCAGGGCUCAUUUCUUCUCCAUUUGUUCAUCAUAUCUAGCAAAGGAAUCUCUGGGGAACUCUCUUUUGCCUAGCAUAAUAGCACUGUAGUAGAAAAGAAAUCCUAUAUAUGAUGAGAAAACAUAGGAUAUUCUCACAUUUAGGCCUGUAUUCUAUGGAAUUUUAGUCAGACAGCUGAGGUAAUAAGCAUGAGG